AUGUCGAACCCCUUCACCAAGCUGUUCCCACGUGAACUCUGGCGGAAAUACUUUGACAGUGGUUUUCCGUAUAAACAGUUGUUCAUUCUGUCAAUAUGUCGCCUAUGCGAACCAAUCGCCUUCAUGUCAAUAUUCCCCUAUGCAUACCGCAUGAUUGAAUCGUUCAACAUCACCCAAGACGAAUCACAAAUAUCGGUAUACGCAGGAAUGCUCAUUACAGCCUUUGCCUUUGCCGAAUUUUCCUCUGGUCUGGUUUGGGGCCAAGUUAGCGACCAUGUUGGGCGCAAGCCUGUCCUGAUUAUGGGACUUGCCGGGACGGCCUUGAGCAUGAUAUGCUUUGGAUUUGCGCCGAAUCUACCUUGUGCCAUUCUCGCCAGAGCGGUCGGCGGACUCUUGAACGGCAACGUGGGGGUGCUUCAGACCACGGUGGCAGAGCUGGUUACGAAAAAGGAGCACCAGCCUCGUGCGUAUUCCAUCAUGCCCGUGGUCUGGAGUAUUGGUUCCAUCAUUGGCCCCUCGAUAGGUGGAACCUUGGCCCAACCCUGUGAAACCCUUGGGUUUCGCCGCGGCGGCUUGUUCGACAAGUUCCCAUUUUUGUUGCCCAAUCUCGUCUGUGUCGCAGUGCUCCUCUGUGGCAUUACCGUUGGAAUUCUUUUUCUCGAAGAAACACAUACCGAGAAAAAGGGUUGUCGUGACGCCUGCCAUGCGCUGGUCAAGGUGAUUCUCCAACGGCUCGGGCUGGAAAGUCUUUUGUCGCGACUCGGUAAGAAUCGUUCUGCCUCAGGAAACCCAGCGGACUCGUUCGACCUUCGCGAUCCGCCUCCGGGAUACCGGAGUACGGAAAACUCGCCGCUUCUGCGCUCAGCCUCCACCAAAGAGCUGGACUUGGAGAUGCUGCGGGAGAAAGAAGUGCGCAGCCUCGCCAACCCCUUUAACAGGCAGGUGAAACUAAUCAUCUUCUCAUACGCGAUUCUUGCAUACCAUAGCGUUUCGUUCGACGCCUUGAUGCCCACCUUUCUUGCCGAAGAGCCCAUGCAGACGAAGCCUGUCCUUCCCUUCCUGUUCUCUGGAGGCUUCGGCAUGAGCGCCAAAUCUAUCGGCACCAUGCUAGCAGUCCAAGGCGCCUACUCAAUCAUGGCGCAAUUCUGGAUCUUCCCCUACAUGGUCCGACGCAUUGGCGUGCUCUCUGUGACCCGGCUUACCUUGACCAGUUGGCCUCUGCUGUACUUCGCUGUGCCAUAUCUGGUGCUUGUCCCAGAACCAUAUCAGAAGGUCGCCAUCUACACCGCCCUUCUGUCCAAAAUGACCUUUCAAGCAAUGUCAUUUCCUUCGAAUGCAAUUCUUCUCGCCAAUGCUGUCCACUCCAAGAAAGUGCUCGGACGGGUCAAUGGCACUGCUGCAUCGAUGGCAUGCUUGGCACGUGCCUGUGGGCCCGUUGUUACGGGCUUGGUUCAUACAGCUGGACUGAAACUUGGCUGCGGCGGUCUGGCGUGGUGGGCUUGCGGACUGGUCUGUGCCGCAGGUGCCCUGGAAUGCUACUGGGUGGAAGACCCCGACGAAAACCCGGAUCGUCUGGCGAGCGAAGGAGAAGAAUGCACCUGCGAGCCGUUGAUGCAUCCCUCGGUCGUCGAGGGAAGUGAAGAAUGCCUCUCGCCUCGCAUUGAGCGACUGGCCUUUAUCGAGGACCUGGAUCUUACCGAGAGCAGCCCGGAGAAGUCAUGA